AUGGGAUAUCAGAAACAUUCGACUUUAAUGUGUCAGAGAAAAUUACCACCAUCAUUUUGGAAUAGUGCUUACCAACCAGCUUCCACCUCUCAUAGUAACUUCCCUCUAGGUGCCGACACAUAUUUCCCUACUUCGUUUUACGGCUUUCAUAAAAAUUGGCCAUAUUAUUCACAGACUCAUUCUUAUGGACAAAGUGCACAUAGUUUAACGUAUCCAAGUAUAGACUCUGCCAGUAGACUCAAUUCACAUUACAGCUCUUUGAUGAUGCCAACAGCACCCUCGUUAUCAAGUCGUUUGGACAGUCGCCAUUCACAAUAUGAUUUAACAAAAGGAGCAGAUCCCUUUCCGUCAUCUUAUUAUUCAAUGGGAAGGUUUGGUGCUGAUGUUGCUUCAACGAUGGGUAUGGAAUCUGGCAUCGCAGGUGUUGAUUUACCAACUCAGCAUACAAAGAAAGAAUUAUAUUGGUGA